AGACGCGUCACGGAAGCCCUUAGGAAAAAAAAAAAAAAAACAGGGGGAAUGUGUAGGGACGGUUGUGGCUGCAGCGCCGCACUGCCCUCUAGCGGCGCGCCGCGGUAUCGACCGUCACAGGUCCUCUGCGGUUCGACCAAUCAGAGGAGGCCUCCCUCCGCUCAGAGCGCGCGCUCUCGGAGCUCUCACUGGCGGCAUGGAAACAGGAGGAAGAAAAAUAACGAGGUCAAAAUAUUUUCACACGUGACACGCCAGCUAUUGGACACGGACGCUGCGCGGGCUCCUGACACAUGGCGCGAUGGAGAGUGACGCGGCGCGCGCGCGCGCUCUCUCUCUCUCUCUCUCAGCUGUUUGUAGCACUUGAUUGCUCUGUAGUACCAUGAUGCAGCAGUUGGAGAAAUAAAUAACUGAGAUGAUUACUCCGCAGGCUUAUGAACGCGCACCAGAUGAUUUAUGUGCGCUUAGAUGGAUUAAACCUAACCCUGCGUAUAGCACCGCACGUGUAGAAAUGCUGAUGAGUGAGCCCGAGGGUGAGUGGAGGGAUAUUUCUCACUUUGUGAUGUUUUUGCAUAGCAACAGCCCCCCACCCACCCCAACCAGAAAAGAAGGAAUCCUCUGCCUUUAAUGUUUAAUGCUACAGAGAGACGAAAAACACGUUUUCAGUGGAGUAGGAGGUGAUGCCACUGCGCUUGAUUAUUAUAACAUAUAAACUAUUACUAGGCUAUAACUACGAAAUAACUUCCAAAUAAAAUGUCUGCAUAUAUACCGGUGUUAUACAUUUGUUCAUUGAGUGAAUACAUGUUUAAACACUCUGGAUCUUAGUGUCUAGACCUGAAACGGUUAAAGUUUCCUCAGUUGGUAAGCGCGAAGUCUGCACAGCAACAAGCGCCACGAUUGCGUCGCGCACUGCAGUAAAAGUAACUGAGCUCAGAGGACGCGCGCGCGCCUGUGUGUGUGAGUGUUUUGGUCCAGUUGCUGACGUUUUCCUCCAUGACAGUCAUCAGUUGCUACCUUAUCGGCAGCUCUCUCUCUCCCUCUCUCUCUCUCUCUCUCUCUCUCUCUGAAGCACAGUCGUGGGGAGACGCGCGGCAGGAUGAGCGGGUUCUUGGAUAUCCCCAGGCGAAGUGUCAGGGCGCAGUGGACUUGGGACCGGAGAGCACAGCGUUCCUGUUAUCAUUACGCGCUGUCCAUGUAGUCGCGUCUCUGAAGAUGAUUAUGCUGUCUGUUUUGCGCACUAGAACUAGAUGUAGUUCAGGAAAGAACCAUUCAUAAACCAUGCACUCGACGUGAACCUUACUCAGCUGUUUUAGAGCUGAGUUCCUCAGUCUUAUGUACAGGUUUUUUUUUCUUUUCCCAGCCAGACAUUCUGCAUGGAGAAGCAACUUUAGAGACACAGUCUAAUCAUUUGUGGCAUUUUUGUUUGUUUGUUUCUUUUAUUGGCCGGAAUUCAAAGAAUAUGUGACAUGCCAUAGGUUAACACAAUCAGCUAGGCUUCAGCAUCAGACCCGCGAUGGAUCUGCUGGAGGAGGACCUGACAUGCCCAAUAUGCUGCUGUCUCUUCGAGGACCCACGUGUGCUGCCGUGUUCACACAGUUUCUGCAGGAAGUGCCUGGAAGGCAUCCUGGAGGAUAACCGAAGUCCAGUGUGGAGACCUCCGUUCAAAUGCCCGACGUGCCGAAAGGAGACCGCGCACAACGGCAUCUCGAGCCUGCAAGUUAACUAUUCCCUGCGCAGCAUCGUGGAGAAGUACAACAAGAUCCGUGCGAGCCCAAGAAUGUCUCAGUGUCGCGCUCACAGCGGGCAACCCCUCAACAUCUUCUGUGCCACGGACCUGAAGCUCAUCUGCGGCUUUUGCGCCACUACAGGAGAACACAAAGGGCACAAGUUCUGCGCGCUAGAGGAGGCGUACGAGCGAGAGAAGGUCGCCUUCGAGGAGCUGCACCGUGCCGUGGAGAGCUGGAAAGGCGCAGAGGUGCUCUCCUGCCUGGAAGCGCUCGAGGGGGCGAAGAAAAAAGCGCUGCAGAUGGCCUCGCGAGACGUGGAUCGAGUCGCGGAGUAUUUCGACAAGCUGCUCCGCGCGCUCGAGCACAAGCGCAGCGAGAUCCUGUCGGACUUUGAAACCCUAAAGCUCGCGGUCAUGCAAACCUUCGACCCGGAGAUCAACCAGCUCCGCUCGGCGCUCGAGGAACAGCAGCGCGCGCUGCGGCUCGCCGAGUCAUUUCGCUCGCUCUCCGACCCGCUCACCUUCCUGCAGUGCAUGCAGGACUUCCGCGAGAAGGUGCGCGCCAUUCGCGAGACGCCGCUGCCCGCGCGCACGGACGUGGACGUUGGCGCGCUCGUGCCAAGCUUCGACGUGCACGAUUGGGACCGUGUGCGUCUGGGAGACGUGGACGCGCUGCGCGCUCCGCACGAGGGCGGCGCUCUCCGGUCGCCGGCGGCUCGCACUGGCCCCCCGCGUCUCUUCCGGAGCCGGUGGAGUUUCGUCCUGCUGGUGUGCGCGUGCCUGUGCGUGCCGAACUUUCUCCCCUCAGACUGUUUCACCGCGAGUCUCUCCACUAAAGCGGUGUCCGCGCUGGCCGGCGUCUCCGUGCCCGCUCCUGCAGAAAUGUUGCGGUGGCUCGCGCUUUGCUGGCAGGAGGUGGCGGGAGUGUGCGCGCUCCUCACCGAGCUCUGCAGGAACUGCAUUACUGAGCUCAUCGACACCACGUCAGAGUUUAUCAGCUGAUUUUCACCCGGUGGACUUUUCUCAUUUGCCGGCUGAGGCUAAGGUGCAGGGAUGCGUUUAAACACAUCUAAUUACCACAGAAUGUAAUUGAAAUACAAGCCUAAGUAUUUCACCUGCGUUUUUUGUGUGCAUUUACUGAAUUUGCAAUUGCAAUGUGUGUGUGUGUGUGUGUGUGUGUGUGUGUGUGUGUGUGUGUUUGUUUUUCUUUAGCGCUUAAAUGCACAGUCAGCUUGUGGACCUUCUGGGAGGAAAUGCUAGUUAUUUCAGUUAACUGAGAAAUAAUUGUGGAUGGUGGUUUUAGAUUUGGUUAAGACUCAAACUAAGAUACUGCUUAGCACAUGACUAGCUUGGUUAGAAUUAAGUCGCGCAAUAUGUUGAGGUUUAGUAAACCUCUUUCAAAGAAUUAAAACCAGACAUGUUCUCUCUCAAUGAAAGUCACUGGGUUGGAAGAUGGGGAUCCCCACAGCCUCCUCCCCACCACACACCGCUUCCUCGGCAUUUCCUCGAGCCCAUAUUACGUUUUACUUUUCCCGACCAUACUGGGACUUUUUUUAUUAUUAUUAUUAGUGGUGGAUUUUAUAUGCAUGUAAAAUAAAAGAAGAAAACUCAAGGUUAAAUGUUACUAAUGUAGGCCUAUAUGUAUAUACAUACAUUUUAUA